CAAGGGAAAUCACUGAGCAGUUGGCUGGGAAUUGUGCCCACCCAAAUGCCACCAAUUUCUUUCUGUCAAGGAAAUGAGGAGACCUAUCAAUAAGAGAUUUCUCAGCUUGAUGGAGAGGACAGGGGAAUGAUUGGUCCCGCGAGGCCAUGACAACGGGAGUGAGAGGACUCCUGAACGCCCCACCUCAUUUGAAAACCAAAUCAGACUAGGGACCUAUUUAGUGUGAUGGGGCGGUGCAACAAUUAUCGCGCUGCGGGCUAACUGCGUCUGCGCACAAUCGCAUUUCCGUCUCCGCUCCGAGACCCUGCAGUACAAUCUGUAAUGGCGUCUGGGCUAUUAGGUUUGUCCGCUCGCCGCCUUUUGGUGGCAGUGGCGACGCGAGGGCUCCUGGCUGCCCAUGUUCGCUGGGACUCUGGUUCCUCCAGGGCUGUAGUCACCCCGUCCACUGUGGCGGGAAAGCGGCCGCCGGAACCGACCAUACACUGGCAGGAGGACCCAGAACCCGAGGAGGAAAACCUCUAUGGGACGAACCCCGACUCCCACGGUUUUGACAAGGACCCUGUUAUAGAUGUCUGGAACAUGCGGGUUGUCUUCUUCCUUGGCUUCUCCAUUGUCAUGGUCCUUGGCGGCACCUUCGUGGCCUAUCUGCCUGACUAUGGGAUGCAGGAGUGGGCCCGCCGGGAAGCUGAAAGGCUUGUGAAAUACCGAGAGGCCAAUGGCCUCCCUCUCAUGGAAUCCAACUGUUUCGACCCCAGCAAGAUUCAGCUGCCGGAGGACGAGAACUGACCAGUUGCUGAGUGGGACUCAAGAAGCACCACCUUCCCCACCCCUGCCUGUCAUUCUGUCUUCUCCUCAGAACAUCUAAUUAAAGGGACUGAAAGUCUAAAAAAAAAA